GCUAAGCGGUGUUGGAGCCUUUAGUACCAGGACACGCAAUAGACGCUUUUCUUCCUCUGUGUCCUAUCGUGGGAUAUAUUCAAUAAUGUUACAAGACCUGCAGGCUGAGAGUCGCUGGAUGCCGAUUGUCGCUUAUUGCAACAAUCAAUAGACUCAAGCCAUAUUUCUGACAUACGUCACGGCUAUAUCACUCACCAACAUGUAACGUACAUUCCUGCUCCUGCUGUCUGAGGUAAAGCAUCCCUUCCUAGCUUUCUAUCAAAACAAACACGCAUCAUUCCUCGUACCGGCUUCCAUUCUCAAUGAGUGCACGCGAAAAGAACCUCCAAACCCAACUCCGACCCAAAAAAUGGGUCAUCACACUCCGCGGCCCCAAAGACUCGCCCUACGAGACGGGAAACUUCAAACUCGAUGUAUCCUUUCCAGACGACUUCCCCUUUGCCGCACCAGCCAUUCACUUCCGCACGAAAAUCUACCACCCAAACAUCGACAGCAACAGCGGCACCAUUGCGUGGAGCCCAGCAAACGAAGAAUGGUCGCCUGCGUGGCACAUGGAUAAGAUUCUCAUCAUGUUGAGCAGUCUGCUUAGCGCACCGGAUCCACGCCCUGGAUGCGAGAUUGUACCGGAGAUUGGGCAUGAGUGGCGAGAGAGGCGCGACGUGUAUUGGCAGACGGCCAAGGAGUGGACGGAGAAAUACGCAAUGUAG